AUGUCGGGUUUCUUCGACUCAGAAGCUUCUGUAUCAGAUGGAGAGGGUGAACCAGUUACCAAGAGACCAAAGAGGUACAAUGAUUCCAUUUCAUCUGAAGAUAGCGAGGAUGAUGAUCAUUUUCCUAAUGAGGACGAAAUCUUACGAAAAGAAGGUCAGGGAUUUAUUGUCGACGAUGAAGAUGAAGGCGAUGAUGAAUCGGAAAAUGAAAGUGGCAUGAGCGACAAUUCAGCUAAAGACGAUGUUGCGGAAGAUGAUGGCUUAGAUGAUGAUGAUUACCAAUUAAUUCAUGAAAAUAUGGGAAUUAAUUUGCGUCGUACAACAAAAAAGCGUCGUCUUAUUGUUGAUGAUGAGGAUGAUGCUGAUGCUAGCACCACAAGAGCGUCUAAAGAGGCACGGAGUCGUGAAGCAAUUGCCCGUCAGAUUUUUGAGGAUGAUGAAGAUGUUGAUAUGGAGAGAAGACGUGAACCUCUUCGUCAAGCUCCCACAUUUGAGGCCAAAUCUGACGACGAAGAAAAUGAAGAUUCAGAUGAUAUGGGCGAUUUUAUUGUUGACACAGUUAAUGAAGACGGAGGAAGUAAACGAAAGCGCCAAUUCGUUCAUUCAGAUCCGAAUCUGCAAGAGGCGCAGGAAAUUUUCGGUGUUGAUUUUGACUUUGAUGAUCUUGAUCAGCACCAUGAUCAGGAAAGUGAUGUGAGCGGAGAGUCUGAAUAUUUGGAUGAGGAUAGCGAGGAAGCAAUGGUUCGCAGACGCCAGAAACGAGAAGCAAAGGCUGCUUCCCACGAUGUCCUUUAUGAUAUAUUCGACCCUUCGGAUCUAGAGCGCAAGUUCUACCGACCUGAAGAUGAAAGAAUUCGUCGUUUAGACGUUCCAGAACGCAUGCAGCUUCGCAGGCUCCCCGUCAAGAGACUUGAUCCCAAAUCUGAUACAUACAAUGAUGAUUUAUUGGAAAUUGAAGCUGAGGCGGAAUGGAUAUUUAUUAAUGCUUUUAAGAUCCAUGAAGGGAAAUUUCCCUCUUCUGCUACGGAUAGCAUCUUUGAGGUUCUGAAAAUUAUGAAGACGUCCCUUGCAGAAGUUCCUUUUAUAGCUUUUUACAGAAAAGAGCAUUUCGCCAAGCUCUUCAAUAUCAACGACCUUUGGUUAAUUUAUGAAUUUGAUGAGAAGUGGGAAGAACUCCAAAAAGACCGUAAAGUUCUCAUCAAUGCAAUGUCGAAAAUGCAUAAGUAUCUUGAAUCGAAGUCGAAUGAGGUGGAAAGUGAAAUUAGACCUGGUUGCGAUGGUUUGAUUCGACUAAUGGCACUUGCAAAAAGUGCUUCAUCCAUGGACGAGAUUCAAGAUGUACGUAUGGAUUACUUGCUUCAUUACGCGAUUCACAAACAGGAUUUGGAGAUUUGGGAGGGCAAAGAUGUUAGUCUUCAAAGGAAGAAGACAGAUAAAGAAGAGGGUUCAAAGGAUAACCGAGGUGACGACGAUGACCCAGAUGACGAAGAUUAUGUCCCUGAUGAGGGUCUCAAAAAAGUUUCUUUGCAAGAUCAAGAAGAAACUGAGAAGCCGCCUGAGGAAACUCAGCCGAUAGCAAAGAAGCGACCCAGUAUGGGAGCACUUAUGACUACUGUAGAUCCUCUAACUGGCCGUCGUAUUAGACAGCGUCAGGUUCGCACCACAGCUGCUUAUGAAGUCGCUCAGAGAGCUGGAAUUAGUGGACUCGUGGAAAAAUUUGGUCUCUCCUCAGAACAAUUCGCUGACAAUGUACGAGAUCAAUAUCGUCGACAUGAAGUCACAACCUGCCCUAUAAUGCCUCACGAUGCCGCUCAGGAUUAUAUCUGUCCGCAGUUUCCUAAUUCAGAGUCUGUUUUAAAGGCAGCACGAUAUAUUUUGGCUUAUCAGAUUGCAGCUGAACCAAUUGUUCGACGAUGGGCACGGCAGAGUCUUGAAAGUCAAAUAGUAAUCGAUGUCAAACCCACCCCGAAGGGCAUGCGAAUUAUCGAUGAAAACCAUCCACUGGUUUCUAUUAAGUUCUUAAAGAAUAAACCAGUACAAGAACUCAUGUCAAAUGCAAUUUUCAUUCAAAUCCAUAGUGCUAACCGAGAGGGUUUGAUCACCUACAAUUUACACGCUCUUGAAUAUCAGCAGAAAGGCAUCUCUCUACUGGAUAACUUGAUACCAUUUUUCCAUCAAGAUGAAUUCAGUGCCUUGGCACAGGCUUGGAAUGAGCAACGUUCCCUAAUUCUGAAAGAAGCAAUUGAAGCUUUCAUACAGCCUGCAAUAAUCAAGGAAAUUCAACGUAAACUCCUCGAAUCUAGCCAGAAAACGGUCAUAAGCAUAUGCUCAAACACGCUCUUUGAGCGCCUACGAAUAGCGCCAUAUGUCGUUGAUGACCUUCGAAGUGGUGGUGGAAUGGGAGAUGAUGAGGAAGAUGGUGGCCAGCACUACUACGGUGAGGGCUCUUCCAAUGGAAAUUCUGUUUGGCCAAAACCUGCUCGUCUUCUUGCUUUUGCUCUCUCUGACGACUCCGAAACGUCCAGGGCCAUGGUUACUGUCGUGAAACUAGAUGCGGAUGGUGAAGUUCUGGACUUUCUUAAUCUUCCUGGUCUUCUGAUUAGCCCUAAGUCCCAUCGACCCGAGCAUAAACGUUGGCACCAAGAGGAUGUUAAGAAAUUGGACAAAUUUAUAUCAAAAGGUGAUCCCCAAGCCAUUGUGAUUGGAUGUAAUUCACGACGUUCUCUUGAUCUGAAGGAUGUGGUGCAGAGACAGAUUGAUGAGAUUGUUGGAGAUGGCCGUAUUUCAAGACGUCCCAACAUUAUUCUGAUGGACACAGAGUUAGCGAAAGUUUACGCACGCUCUGAAGCUGCUACUUCCUCUCUCCCAUCUUCGUACACUCUCCUCCUCAAGGAGGCUAUCUCUCUGGGUCGUAGACUUCAGGAUCCUUUGGCUGAAUUUGCCCAACUAUUUAAUGCUCCAGAUAUGGAAAUAUUGGGCCUGAGAUGGCAUAGUGCCCAAGAUGAAGUACCCCGUGAUAAACUUUUACGAGCUCUUGAACACGAAUUCGUGAACCGAACUAACGAAGUCGGCGUAGAUCUUAAUCGAUGCAUUCUCCACUCCCACACAGCUAACCUUCUCCAAUUCGUCUCAGGAUUAGGCCCAAGAAAAGCCGCUUAUAUCAUCAAGCUACUUAAACACGAUAAAAUGUUCCUAACUAAUCGUGAACUACUGGCGAGAUCUCUUGGCCUUGGACCGAAUGUGGCGGUAAACUGUGCAGGAUUUAUCAAAAUCGACACGUUAUCAUUGAGGGAACUGUCCAGUCAUGAUACUAACGUUGAAAUUCUGGAUUGCACCCGUGUACACCCAGAGAGCUAUGAUCUCGCGCGACAAAUGGCUGUUGACGCUCUGGAAUAUGAUGAUAAUGAUGACAAUGAUCCAACUCUAGCCUUGGAGGAAAUCAUGCAAGAUCCUUCACGUCUUCGAGAGCUUGAUCUGGAUGCAUUUGCAGACGAAUUGGCUCGCCAGGAUCACGGUGACAAACACAUCACACUCUACGACAUUCGAAAGGAGUUGAACCAGCGCUACCGUGAUUAUCGGGACCCAUUCGAACCACCCACCCCCGAACAGAUCUUUAGUAUGAUCACUCACGAGACACCCGAGACAAUGCACAAAGGUUCUCUUGUUGAAUGUCAGGUCAUUGGUUUGGCCAGCAGAAAACCCACUCAGGAACAGAUCGACAACGCGAAUCCCAUUAAAAAUAAUGACACGGGUUUGUGGACUUGUCCGUUCUGUAGGAAGGAAGGAUUCGCGCAAUUUGGUGACAUGUGGCCUCAUUACGAAAAUGACUGCCUUGGCCAAGUUUCGGGCAUUCGAGUGCAGUUGGACAAUGGUAUAACUGGUUUCGUUCCCUGUCGUUUCAUAGACCGCCCCCUUGAAGCCACAUUCGAUAAGCUCCUGCCUGGUUCAGUGUUACGAGGAAAGAUAUUAAAAAUUGACAUUAACAAAUUCAACGUUGAGAUCUCUAUUCGCUCCUCAGAUCUUCAAGACAGGCCCAUGGCUAUGCAAAGGCGCGAUCCUUUCUACGAUUACAACGAGGAGGAAGUUGAACUAAAGAAACAAGCUGAAGAAGAAGAAAAGGCGAAAUUACGAGCGUCAAGUGCCUAUUUGAACCGAGUGAAUUUCCAUCCAUUUUUCAAAAACAUUACCUAUCACCAAUUGAUGCAAAUGAAUCCCGUACUUCCAGUUGGAAGUGUCACUAUUCGACCUAGUCGAAAGUCUAACGACCAUCUGACUAUCUCCUUGAAAGUUGACGAUGGAAUUUUCAUGCAUAUCGAUGUGACUGAGGUUGGUAAACCAAAGGACUUUUUAACAGGCGAAAAAUUCAUCAUUAACAAUAUGACCUUUGACGAUCUGGAUGAAGUUUGCGCGCUCUUCAUGGAUCCCAUGAUAACACAUAUUCAAGAGAUCUACGCCUAUAAGUAUUAUGUGGACUCGAAGGGCGGCUUAAAGGAUACUAUUGAGGCUAAACUGAGGGAAGAGAAGAGUGCGGCCAAAAGCAAAAUUCCUUACUGUUUAUCCUCUCUUAAGAAAUAUCCUGGUAGCUUCUAUCUGGCCUAUAUGCCACAUCAAACAGUGCAUUAUGAAAUCUUCUCAGUGAAAUACAAUGGUUUGAAAUUAAGAAAAAUUGUAUUCCCCGGUCUUGAAUCGAUGAUUGGAUGGUUUAAGGCCCACUAUAGGGAACUACAACCCUCGCGCCAUGACCAUCAUCGUUCCAGUGGUGUAACUAAUCAUAGUAACCGAGUAAUUCCAGAUGUUGAUAACAGUACUACUUCUAUCACCGGUCGGACGCCGAGAAUGGAAGAUUUUUUUAAUAUGCCGGUGCCUCAUGGCAAUUCGCGGCUGAAACCUCUUUAA